CUGCCAGUCGGCAGUCGCCCGUCAGUCGUCGAGCGCAACGCACAUCUGUCACGCUGUCGCGCGCGACCUCCCAACCAUGUGGUGAAGUGUAACUGUCAAACGUGAUACAACUCGCAACUAUUACAUUUUAUACUAACUAUCUUACGUUUUAAACAUUGCCGUGGUGAAUUGUGAUCUCGAAGUGGUGCCACCGUUUUGGAAAAUUGGAUUAUACGAACGAAUAAUGGCCUUAGCCAGGUAUAACCAACAAACUGGACGCUCGGCUUGGUUGAAGCUCGGCGCGGGCAGCGAGUGCGGCGGUGGAGGGUCGGGCGGCGGCGGCGCGCCCGCUCCGCAGUCGGCGCGCGUGUCCUCGAACGUCGCCGGCGGCAUGGCGGUCAGCCGCGUGCCCAGCCCGCUGCACGACGGGAACACGCCCGUCGCCGAGAACUGGUGCUUCACACAGGUCAAAGUGGUGAAAUUCAGUUACAUGUGGACAAUAAACAAUUUUAGUUUUUGUAGAGAAGAGAUGGGCGAAGUGUUAAAAUCAUCGACAUUCUCAGCCGGUGCUAGUGAUAAGUUAAAGUGGUGUCUCCGUGUUAACCCUAAAGGACUCGACGAAGAGAGUAAAGACUACUUAUCGUUAUAUCUAUUAUUAGUGUCGUGUAACAAAUCAGAAGUCCGAGCAAAGUUUAAGUUUUCAAUAUUAAACGCGAAGCGGGAAGAGACGAAGGCGAUGGAGUCACAGCGCGCAUACAGAUUUGUUCAAGGCAAAGACUGGGGGUUCAAAAAGUUCAUUAGAAGAGAUUUUCUACUAGACGAAGCAAAUGGACUCCUACCAGAAGACAAGUUAACGAUAUUCUGCGAAGUGUCAGUAGUCGCGGACAGCAUAAACAUCAGCGGGCAGAGCAACGUGGUGCAGUUUAAAGUGCCCGAGUGCCGGCUCUCGGACGACCUGGGCGCGCUGUUCGACAACGAGCGAUUCUCUGACGUCACGCUGGCGGUCGGCGGCAGGGAGUUCCAGGCGCAUAAAGCUAUAUUAGCAGCGCGGAGUCCUGUGUUCGCUGCCAUGUUCGAGCACGAGAUGGAGGAGCGCAAGCGCAACCGCGUGGACAUCACGGACGUGGACCACGAGGUGCUGCGCGAGAUGCUGCGCUUCAUCUACACCGGCCGCGCGCCCAACCUGGACAAGAUGGCCGACGACCUGCUCGCCGCCGCUGACAAGUACGCGCUGGAGCGGCUAAAAGUGAUGUGCGAGGAAGCGCUGUGCCUCAACCUGUCCGUGGAGACGGCGGCCGACACGCUCAUCCUGGCCGACCUGCACUCUGCCGACCAGCUCAAGGCGCAGACCAUAGACUUCAUCAAUACGUCGCACGCGACGGACGUGAUGGACACGGCGGGCUGGAAGAACAUGAUCUCGUCGCACCCGCACCUGAUCGCCGAGGCGUUCCGCGCGCUCGCCACGCAGCAGCAGCAGAUCCCGCCCAUCGGGCCCCCGCGCAAGCGCGCCAAGCAGGCCUAGGAGCCCGUGCUCGCACGCACAAGCACAAGCACGCGCGCACACGCGCACACGCGCACACGCGCACACGCGCACACGCCCGCCUGGCGAGCCCGAAACUCCUUGUCGGCUGAACAGUGAACGUAUCCCGAGGAUAUACUAUGAUUUUUUUCGGCCUCGGACCCUAAUUUGUUAAACAAGCCUUUGUUUCUCUCAAGAGCGGUCUUAAGCACGUACCAAAGCAGCCGUGCUGCGUAAAAUGCAACUAUCGUAAUAGUAUUAACUAUUAAGGUUCAAAUUUAAGUGACAGCUCAUUCGGAGAAAGAUCAGAGUGGUCUCUUGUUUGGAGAUAACAAAACGUGUCAUCUCCGAAUGGACCGUUUCGUGAAUUUGAACCAUAUAAAUACAAUCGUAAAUUUGCUUUUUAAAUGGGCUCGUUCCCGUUUCUUAUGUCGGGGCUAUUAGCAGUACGCGGUGUGACCCCUGCAUAAAGGAAAUGAUACCUUUUGCUUAACAGAUUGGGGCCCGAGCCCGAAAAAAUCAUCUGAAAUAAUGCAUACUAUAUCCCUCAGAUAAUGCGCUCGACGUUUCCCUACGUGCCAAUAUUCGGUGUGGACGCACGGACCGCCCGUUUUGCCCUCUUGAAACUUCUACGCGAGUUUUACUUUGUGGUGGGGAUGGAGAAGAUUGUUAAAAUGACAUAAUAUAUCUUUAACGACUAGAUCUGUCCCUCCUUGUGCGAGAAAAUUUAAAGUAUAGAAGCGAAGUGAGGCAAGUAGAUAGGCGGGGUAUCGGUAUGCGUGACUGGAAAAAUACGCUGACACGUAGUACCGCUCGUCUUUUGCCUAAAGAAAACUGGCGUCGUCCGUUUAUUAUUAUCCGUCGUGUAUCCGAUAGGAAUGUUGAGUUGAGGACGCGUCAUAUGGCAUUCGAUGGACCGUGAUCCUGCCUCAAGGAUGUAGUAUAGUGGCGACGAGUGCGAUGGACUAGUUUGUGUAGUCGUGGAUCCACGGAUUCAUCCUUUUGUUUACUAUGAUUGAUCUCAAGACGAUAUUCGAUCCUAAUAUUUUUGUCUCUCGCGGUCAGUUAGUGGCGCCGCUUUAUAAUUAUUACUUUUAAUGUGUAGAUUUACGGAGUUUGGACGCUUUUUGCGCGUUGCCGUAGUUCGGAUGUAGCGGAGAUUAUCGAUAUAUGUUAAGGCUUGGAGUUAUCUUUUUUCUGCAUGUCGUUUAUGUGGAAAUUCUCUUGCACUGUUGCGGUUAUGUUUUUGUGUAAAUUAUUGCUAUUGUAUAACGAAUACGAAGCUCAUGUCUAGAAAGUAUCCAAUAUACAUGUCAUGUAAAUUUAAUCAUAUGAUUACGCGAAAUCAUCGGCUAACAAUAUUUUUAUUUAACGUAACGAAACAAAUAUUUAAUUAAAAGUAGCUUUUCAGUUCGGAUAAUCAUAAUCAAAUUGAAUUUAUUCAACAAGAUAAUCUCAUUCCCGUGCAAAAUAUCCAUUAAAUAAGAUUUCUCGGUAGAUGUUUAAAAGUAGGAACUUUUGAACAUAAUGGUUGAAGUAGAACGGUAUUUGAAUGCAAUUAAUCUGAAAAGCUCGCAUUGCGUAGGGUUGCCCGCAACGGUGUCUAAGACGGCAUUAAUGAAGUAGGGAAUAGUCCGCGUGAGACACCGUUGCAGUAACCCUGCGGGUAGCAUUUGUAGAAGCUUAGGUGACUCGAGUGAUUGUAAGAAGUCUAUUAAAAUCGUUGGUAUUGUAUAUAGAUGAGCUACGAUCCCACCAUUAAAGUAAAAAUAUUUCUAAGUACUAAAUUGUAAGUGGUAUCACAGGUGAAGCCGUAAUUUUUAUUGCAUCAUAAGAAUAUUCCAAUAAAAUGUUGUGAUGUUUCUUGAAUUUUCCAUAGGUAUUACAAACACACACGUACACAAGUUUUUUGUUUUCAUUAUUUAUAUGUAUGGAUAAUUUAAUUUGAGUGAAGUAUGUAUUAAAAGUAUUGUGUAGUUGGUUGCGCUUCGUCGAUUGUAUCGCGAGUCACCACCGUCGGCGGUACGUCGGCUCAUCUUGCUCACUUGAUUCAUCAAUAUUUGUUGAUCCAAAAUUACAAUCGUUCAUUAAUAACCCCGACCACUUUGUUGUUUAAACAUCAUCCAAGAUUGCUGUGUCAACAGAAAUUAUGAUAAUGUAUUGCUUCAAUCAGUAGUAGUCGCAAACGAAGCAAAUGUUAGUAAUAUCCUGUUGAUACAGCAAUAUUUUAACAAGACAUUUGUAAGACUUGUGUGAGUUUGAUCUACCCAAGUUAGGUAACUUUGUAUUGUUAAACAUUGUGGCCAAUAAAUAGUAAUACAAACAUUUUAUACCCAUGUCCGGAGUUGUUCGUGUAAUUAAUUAAACUUACCUUUUACAUAACAACCGUCAGAAUAUUAACUGUGAUUUUCGACAUUGUCAAUAAGUUGAGCAAAUAAAUUAAAAAUGAUGUAAAAA